AUGGACGACAUGUAUUUAGAUGUUACGGGCGGAUACACCGACGAUUGCAGAAUAACUCAAAUUGAAUAUCAUUCUUUUUUACCUUAUUCUACGUCAGCUCUCUCCAAUAACGAUGAAGUGCGUAUCGCACUACAUAACACAGAAUCUUAUACUUUACCAUGUGAGAGUUAUAUUUACAUCGAAGGAACAAUAAUCAAACCUGCAGAUAUUACUGAUGACAUCCGAUUUAUAAACAACGGGUUGGCGUUUCUUUUCUCCGAAAUGAAAUAUGAGAUAAACGGCAUUCAAAUUCAAAAACUCGCUAAUCCAGGUAUAACGACUACAUUAAAGGGAUAUUGUUCGUAUAAUAAAACGAAUAUUACAUCACAUCACAACUCUGGCUGGGAUAACGAUAUUAAAAAUGCUAAUAAAGAUUUUAUUGAAAGCGCCAAUUUUAAUGGUUGUAUUAAUCUUAAAGAUUUGUUCGGUUUUUGUGAAGAUUACAAACGUAUUUUAAUAAAUUGUAACCAACAACUUAUAUUAAACAGAGCAUCACUGGAUAUAAAUGCCGUUAAGCAGUAUAAGAAUAAUGAAGUUGUCGCAGACGCUCCUAAACUAAAAGACGUGAAAAUAAACAUAACAAAAAUAUUAUGGAGAAUGCCCAUAGUCAAGGUCAGUGAUAAAGAAAAAAUAAGAUUGUUGAAAGUAGUAAACAAUCAGAAACCGUUGACAUGCGCGUUUAGAUCGUGGGAGUUGUGUGAAUAUCCAUUUUUACCUCAAAACACUUCGCAUUCCUGGAAAGUAAAGACAUCUAACAAAUUAGAAAAACCUAGAUAUGUCAUAAUCGGAUUUCAAACUGUGUUUCCCUAUGAAGAUUUCCAAAGCGACUUUACCAGGAAUAAGUUGGCUACAUUAUACCGCGCCUAUGUAGAGUUUCAAAAAUCUUACUACGGCCAUGACGAAGUGACACCUCUACUGAACCGAUCAGAUUUCAAAAAUCUGUGUCCGAUUAUAGUUGUUGAUAUGAGCAAGCAGAACGAUAAUGUAAAAAUGUCAACUGUCGACCUAAGGAUUGAACUAGAAGCAGACGAAGCGUUUCCAGCUUCAACUUCAGCAUAUUGUUUAAUAUUACACGACCAAAUUAUAACUUACAAUCCGUUUAACGGAGAAGUAAGAACCUUGUAA